AGUGCACCCAACUGUACCACAUUUGCCUUUUCAACAUCAACCCUCCCUCACUAAACCAAACCCCUCUCAGGCCCCUGAACAAAAAUUAUUGCUUCGAUUAUAUAAACAAGGAAAAAUGAUUCCUCCUCUUUAAUUCAAAAGCUCAAAUCUUUUUUCAAUUUCAUCCCACUUUUGUCUUUACCCUCCCUCCAUCUUUCUCAAAUCUCAAAACCCAUUUCCUCCUCUCUUUAUAUUUUUACUCUGCUACAAUCCAAAUCUAGGGUUACAAUUGUCGUCUUUUCUUUUACUUUUUCCUUUUUUCCUUUUUUGAAAUUUCUUUUAAUGUGCUUCAGUGUAGUUGGGAGCGUGUUGUUGUGAGUGAGCUGAAACUUGAGUUGUUGGAUGGAUAUGGGUUCUUCACACUCACCGAAUAAGCUUUGAUUGUAUGCUUCAUUGUGCCACAAUUCAAUCUUUCUUGAAUUUUUUGCCGUUAUUUUGUCAGUAAAUGCAUGGAUGGAAGAGAAGGUAUGGCAUAUCCAGGUUCAGCUGCAUAUUAUCUCAACAGAGGUGCUGGGCCCGGAAAUCCAGUGCCGGGCCCUAAUAUCCAUGGAGGGCCUAGUAGAGGCCCUCAACCAGCCGGCAUACACACACAUGGACCGCCGGUUUUCAAGAACCUCUCAAAUCCCAACAUUUCAGUUCAGCCCAAUGUAGGGGCCAGCGGUGGUGGUGGUUCCGCAAGUGGGGGCCCGUCCUUCCAUAUGGAGAACCAGUCUGCAAAUUUCUCCCAUGGAAAGAGUAUGACCAUUGUGUCAGGGCCACAGGAGGGUGAGCUCGUGAAGAAAAAGAGGGGUAGGCCGAGGAAAUAUGGGCCUGAUGGGGCUAAUAUGUCUUUGGGUUUGUCCCCACUUUCCGGUUCCAAGAAUUCAUCUGCGGGGAUGAGCUCGGGCGAAAAGAAACCGAAAGGGAGGCCACGUGGAACGGGAUGGAAACAGAAGCUUGCUCCUCUUGGUGAGUGGAUGAAUAGCUCAGCUGGACUUGCUUUUACACCGCAUGUCCUGCGAGUUGCAGUUGGAGAGGAUAUUGCUGCAAAAGUGCUGGCAUUUGCACAACAGAGGGCAAGAGCUUUAUGUAUUAUGUCGGGUAAUGGUUCAGUUUCUGCACUAACGUUACGCCAACCUUCCACAUCUGGGGCCACCGUCACUUAUGAGGGUUGUUUCGAGAUACUUUGCUUGUCGGGUUCUUACUUGGUAGCUGAAAAUGGUGGUCCCAACAAUCGGACGGGUGGUAUAAGCAUUUCUGUUUGUAGUCCAGAUGGCCAUAUUAUCGGUGGUGCAAUUGGUGGUAGGCUUACCGCAGCUAGCCCAGUGCAGGUGGUUGCAUGCAGCUUUGUGUACAGCAAUACUAAACCUAAGCCCAGUUCUGACCAGGGAACACGAGAUGAAAAACAUACGUUCGAUCAAUCUAGCGAAAAACCGUCCCCAAUCUCGGGACCUUCUGGUCGGAUUUACACUCCGAAUUCUGGAUCAAGUGCUUGGCCACCGGCUUCACGGCCAGAAGUGAAAAAUUCCCAGACGGAUAUCGACUUAAUGCGCGGAUGAUUCAAAUUAUGCAACAUGCAACAUGCGCGGAUGGUUGGUUUUUUU